AUGGCUUUUGGUGUUGCCCUGAUUUUGGAUUUUGGCAACAACAUUGCUCAAGGAUUCCUAGAAUUAUACAAAUGGCACCUAACAAAAAACCCAACAACACCCAAACCCCACAUAGUACCAUUCUGGUUCCCGUUCGACAAAGACGCCCACUACAUUCCGGCAAUGGCCUACGAAAUCUGGCACAUUUUCCAAACUUUGGCCAUCAACGGAGCGGUGCAGGCCCUUAUCAACGCCGUAAUGGUAUUUCUAAGAGCAAACUUGAAGAUAUUGCAAUAUCACAUUAGGAAUUUUGACAAAACGGAACCAGAAAAGAAUUUGAAAAAAUUGAUCAUAAGGCACCAAGAACUGAUUGAAUGGGUUCACAACUUGGAUGGUUCCUUCAAAAACAUUUUACUACUAGAAUAUUGUGUCACUUCCCUACAACUUGCCACAACCUUAAUACAAAUAAUUGAAGGCCUAAACAUAGCAUUUAAUGGCACAUUUUUCAUGCACUGUCUUUUACAACUAUUUGGUUUAGCAUGGAACGCAAAUGAAAUUCUUAUAGAGAGUUCUGUUGGAUUAUUGAGGGCUUUGUACCAAAGCAACUGGUACAAUCGGGGCAAGAAAGUCAGCUUUCUGAUUUAUUUCAUGAUGAUGCGAUGUUCGAGGCCGCUGGUAAUGCGAAUUGGGCCUUUAGGGAUUAUGAAUUUGAAUGCGGCAAUUUCGAGAGCCAAGCUUGCCUACACGUGCCUUUCUGUCCUAAAAGUGACAACCGAAGAAUAAUUUUGACUAAAAAUGUAAUUAAUUAAGUAGACAAUUUAAAU